AUGAACCCUGAAUCAUGGUUCCUGUGUCUCUGUCGUCUUGCAGGAGAGGUGUUGGCCUCCACCAUCAUUCAGUACCUGCAGACCAUGACAGCUCAGAGUUCGGAGCAGGACCGGCUGGCUUCCCUCCGACGGCUGCUUGACCCUGAUUGUCAGGACCCACAUGUGAGCAGAGAGAAUUUCCACUCCACCAUGAGGGGGUGGAUCGCACAGUGCAGCCAGGACAGUACUGAUGUGGAUAGCAGUCAUGUAUCUUGGCCAGACUCCUCUAAAGUGCCUGCAAACGGGCUGGAUUUCUCAUCUUCCCAAAGCAAAGCUGCGUCCUCAGAAAGCCACCAGUGUUCCUGUGAUGGAAAAGACCUGUUAGGCACAGUGGCCGAACUGAAGCACGCUCAUCGCAAGCUGAGUGAGCAGAACAGCAGCCUGCUGAGGACGGUGGCUCAGUGUGAAGACAUAAACCUGCAGCUCACUCUGGAGAUCACUGAGUUGCGAGCAAAGCUGGCCAGUGCUCAGCGGUCAGCAGUGAGAACCAGAUCCUUGACAGAAGAACUGGAGGAGACCCGUCGGGCAUUUAAAGAAGCCCAAGAGAGAGCCAGCCGCAGCCAGACCAGCUGCACCAAACUGACCAAUGAGGUUGAAUGCCUGAAGGUUCACAUGAGGAGGCUUGAAGACAAGAAUGAAAAACUCAGCUUUGAAAGGACUUGUUCUGAAGACAGCAUCAACAAACUGAGGAAGAUCAACGCUGAGUUGAGGGCCGAACUUGAGGAAACCCUGGUUAUGUUGACGCUGAGAGACAGAGAAAUCACAAAGAAAGACAUUCUUAUGGAUAAGCUGAAGAGCUCUCAUGUGGAGAAUCACAACAUGAUCGAGGGUCUGCAGUCAGAACUGAUGAGGUUACAGGAACAUUCACGCCAAGUUCUUUUGAGGUAUGACAGAAACUGUAUCAGCCCUCAGAGUCUCUACAGUCGAGAUCCUCCAAACCACCGCUCUCUGCAGAGUGAGAUGCAAGAUAUGCAGCCGCAGCAUCACAGAGCUCUAGACGACAUCAGCCUCCCAUCCCUGCACACGCACAGUGAUGAUAUUCAGAGCAUCAUCCACAGGAUCAAAUCUGCAGAAAUAGCUCAUUUUCUGCACAAUAAGUAUCCUGAGAGGACACAGGACUCUGCUCCUGUAGAAACACAGGAGAGGCCUUUUCCUCACCGCCAGCAGCAACAGGCAAGCAUCAAGCAGCAGCUUGUCAAUGUGUAUGCUGCAAGAGCUGGAGCUACACAAGUGUGUGUGGGAGGAGAAAGGGGAGAAGGUGGAGGAGCGGUGGAGAGCAAAAGGGGAGCAAAAGGAGCAAAAGCAAAGCCAGACUCAGAACCAGGAGUCCAAGAAGGUGGCUGUGGUGAACUGGUGGAAAGCCCGCAGCGUAGAGGGGGCUAA